AUGGGGCAGAAACUCACCGUAGAGGAGAGGAGGAACAUCAAGCGGGAGGUCUACAUGCUCUACCCUGGUUUGGAGCAGCAGCUGGAGAUGGCGUUCACAUGCCACGACCUUCAGCAUGAGGGAAAGCUCCCAUACACAACGCUGGAGCCUAUUAUCCGGCACUUGCUGAUGCAGUACGGCCUCAUCGAAUACGUCACAAGAUUUUCAGAUUCUGCAGGGUGCCUCGAUGCCAAUCAGGUUCGGGCGGAAUUGAACGAGUUUAAUGUGAACACCAGUGGCCUCUGCUGCGGUUCGUCGCUCACCCUCGAAGAUUUCAAGAGCCUUGCUGUCAUUUGGCUGCGCAAGAUUCUCGACAGCCAUGCAGAUGACCAAGCCGUUUGGAUGUCCAAGCUUAAGGCUGAACAGGAGGAGCAGGCGGAAGCCUACACUCGUGCUAUGCGUGAAUUCCAAGAGACAUUCACUCAGCAGCAUGCCCUGUACCAGCAAGGUCUGCAGGAGCAGCAGAAGCAGAUCAGCGACUGGAACAAGCUGCUUGAGGACGCUCAAAAGACUCAACAGCACAUCUAUGAGCAGGAAAUGCGACGCAUGGAAGAAGCUCGCCAGAAGGAAGCAAGUGCAGCAGAAGAGGCGAUGAAGGAGCAGAUGGAUCUCAUCAGCCAGUACAAGGAGAAACUCGAGAAGAUUGCUGCUGCUGACAAGAGCGGAAAGUGCUUUGUAUACCCGGCAGCGGCCACUCCGUAUGGUGCAUGCGCCUCAGCUGGUGCCCAAGAGCCAACUCGUCGGCGACGGGUGAAGAAAGAACACCAAAGCCGAGCUUGCUGCUAA